AUGGCUGCCCGGUCCUCGCUCGCAGCUCUCCGCGGAGGCCUCCGUGCCGCCCGCCCCGCCCAGAUCGCCGUCGCCCGCGGUCUCCGCACCUCGGUCGCCCUCGCCCAGGCGGCCACCAACGAGCCCUCCGCCCCUCCCUUCAAGGAGCCCGUCGGUGUCAACCCCGCCGACUACUCUGCGUCCCAGGUCUCGCCCCUGCAUGAGUACGGCCAGUACAUCACUACUUGCCUGCCCAAGUACAUCCAGCAGUUCUCCGUCUACAAGGACGAGCUCGUUCUCUACAUCGCCCCCGAGUCCGUCAUCCCCGUCCUCACCUUCCUCCGUGACCACACGCAGUGCCAGUUCAAGCAGGUCUCGGACAUCACUGCCGUCGACUACCCCACCCGCGAGCACCGCUUCGAGCUUCAGGUCGUCUACAACCUCCUCUCGGUCGCCCACCAGCAGCGCAUCCGCGUCAAGACUUACGCCGACGAGACCACCCCCGUUCCCUCCGCCGUUCCCGUCUUCAACGGUGCCAACUGGUACGAGCGUGAGGUUUGGGACAUGUACGGUGUCUUCUUCGCCGGACACCCCGACCUAGCUUCAGCUGACAUCAGCCGCCGUAUUCUUACCGACUACGGAUUCGAGGGCCACCCCCUGAGGAAAGACUUCCCUCUCACUGGCUACUCCGAGGUCAGGUACGACGAGGAGAAGAAGCGUGUUGUCUACGAGCCCCUCCAGCUCACCCAGGCGUUCCGAAACUUCGCCGACGCUGCCUCGCCUUGGGAGCAGGUCGGUUCUGGAACGCCCUCAACCCCGGAGAACUACAAGAUCCCCCCUCCCCCUCCCCCCGCCGAGGAGAAGAAGUAG